AGACUGGAUUUAACACUGUAUCCAUGGAGGAGUCUUGCUGUAGCUAUCGCACCAGUCUGUGCAUUGCAGCCCAGGGCAAAACCAAUAAGGGCAAGAGACAGGCCUCUAGGUGAUGGCUCCCUAGACACCAAACUUGCAAGGCUCCACAUGCCCUGGGUAUACUUCUCAGAAGUUCACACAGAGCACACAGCUACCAGGCACAUGGACGUGUAGCAGAAAAACAGGCAGAACAUGAAAGUGAGGCAGAUGGUGUAGUCCUCCUAAGAGUGGCUAGGUCUAAGAGUGCAGAACAGAAGUAUAUGUGCACAUGUAUCGGGGUCAGGGUCAGUAAGUACCCUUCAUGUGUAUAUUCUCAGUCUAAUUCUGUCUUGGGCUGCUCAGGGAGAACCCUGGUCUCUGAUACUGCUGGCUUGCCUGUCUUCUGUAUUUGAUGAUCCUUGUUCGCAGACAGGACUCCACUCUACUGGUCAUUUCUUACCCCAGUGGUCCCCCCUCCCUCUUUUUUUCUUUUUUAAAGGCCUAUGGGAUCUAUGGCAAAGGAGGUCUGGGGUGAACCAACUGAGAGCGCUUGGCUUCAUUUCUGGUAUCACGGACUCAGGAGUGCACACUGAGGCAGUAUCAUGGGCAUGAGGCAGGAUGCCGAGGGCAUUGGAGUGAAGCUGCCUUCCAGAAACCUGGCACACUUGGCCAUGCCCACAGGACUCAGAGAUGACACUAAGCGGCUUAUCUGUGCCUAGGAUUUAAGGUUCUGUGGCUUGAUACACACAACUCUGUAAUUUGUUUGGGAGGUUUGCAGAGAUGUGACAGGGAUGGAUGUUCCACCUCUGUCACAGAUGCUUCUAAUGAAAAGCAGGAGUGUGUGGGCACUCAUGGUGGACAUAUAGGUGCGGAUAGCAGGCUUGCCUGUUCUGCCGUAGUGGAAAGACUAUGGGGUGGAGUAGAGGACUGCACGGUUCUGUGGACAUAGUCAGAGAAGACCACAUCAGACCUGUUUCAGAGGGGUGUGUGUGUGUGAAUAGUGUCUGUAGGGAUUGAAAUGGCCACACAUUUCUCUGAUGUCCUACGUAGUGCGUUACUAAGGUGGAGCUUGCACGGCUUAGCACAGUGCUGUGGCUUGUGGCAGGUGAUGGAAGUCUUGAUCCUGUCUCUUGUCUGAUCAGGUGUCUCUGUGAGGCUCUCACCACUGCACCACCCUUCGGCCUCCGCUGGGUGUGCUAUCAGGCCAUGUUUACACCAGGACCUGAGACAGGCAGAGGGCCCAGCUCUCCGUACCUGGAGAUGGGUUUCGUGAGUGUUCUUGGGCUGGUUUCCAACUUUGGAUCCUUUUGCGCUCCAUCCCGAGGACUGAAGGAAGUGCAGUGUGCAGGAAGUGUGCAUUGGUGUGCAGUACAGCUUUAGAGGGUCGGCAGCCCCCCCCCCCCACUCUUAUACUCUUUCUCUAUACUUGGUGAACCAGACACCCAAGGUGGUGUUGGACGUUAUUCUCCCACCCAGAGAUGCAGUGCUGACUUAGAAAUGGGGUAUGGUGGAGUGUGUGGCAAACAUCUUGUCGGCAGGGUCUUAUGCAGUGGCACCCACCACAUUCAGCAUGGACAGUCUACAAAAAUGUGUGAGGAAAGAAUUAUGGGAUUGAUAUUUUCCCCUGCUCAGAGUUCUGGAAGCUGUAAAAGUGCUGACAUCUGCAAGAUUUUUAACUUGAUGAAAUAGCGACCAAGAUAGGAUCUCUCUGGUCAUCUUGAUAGGGUUGUCAGACCUCCCUGGAGGUGUGUGACUCAGUCACAUUCCAGCUUUGAAAGGUUAUUACAGACAAAUGCAAUGUCCCAGGCAAACAGCUUGACCCUAGAGUGUCCCUCCAGCGCCCUCUGCUGAUAAUGUACAUGUUAGCACUCAUCCUAGAUGACAGAUGUGGCCUACCCCAGUAACACAGGGUUACCUUCCCACCCUCACCAGUAAGGAUUCCCAGUAGCAAAUAGUGAGCUUCCUUUACUGCACCCUCAAGUGUCAGGCGGCUGACUGGUCUUAGAUGUUUUCCUGUUUCCCAGACCCUGAUGCACAUGCUUAGUCAGGAUUGAGGGCAUCCUGCCAAGAACAAUACAGUUGUGUCUGUUGUGAGUCAUCCUGAUCAAAGCUUGCCCUCCCAAGGUUGUAUAUCAGCGUGGUGGUGCUUGUGCAGCCUCUGGAUGCUGUGGACACUCAGGUAGACAUAAAAUGGAACAUAGUUACCACCCAUCAUAAUGCCCAGAAGCUCUGGACCGGAGCAUGCCCAGAACAUGCCUGUGUUAGGACUAGUAGCACAGGGGAAGAGACUAGGAAGCUACAUUUUUAACAAAGGACAGUUGACCCCUGUGACACUGGCGAGGCUGGAACGUAAUUCUGACAAUGUGAUUGUCAGUAAGUAAUAGGAAAACCCAGGCAGCCCAGAGCCGGUGCUCUCGCCUUAAAAUCUGAGACCAUCCCCACUUCCUUGGGGCCUCUUCCAGACCAGGUCUUUGUGACUGACCACACAUAUCACCUUGACCUGGUGAAGAAAAGCUCUUGGUCUAGUCUCCCUGUAGAGUCACAGCAGAAUUACUGACAUGGCCUGGUGAGGUUUCACAAACUCUGAUUCUGAUGCUUGGGAAGCAGUAGAUCCUGUGAGUCACAGGCCACCUAGGGCUUCCUAAAAACAAAAAAGCCUUCAUUAUAGAAUUACGUGAUUUGUGAUACUAUUCUGCCUCUAUUUUAUGUUGGAAAAUUUCCCACUAAUUUAAGCUCACACAGAAACCACCUACCCCAUUGCAUGUAUCGUAGUCAAAGGAGUAUUGGAGCCAAAAACUGUCUGUCCCAGUAACCAGUGCUUCUUUGGAAGAAGGAAGAGAAUUAAGGCGUUCUUACAGUGCUUGUACCUUUGAGCAAGCCUCUUCUCUGGGGAUUCAUGGAGCGCACCAACUCACAGAUCUUACACCUUUGGUUAAGUGUUCAUUCCUCGGGGUUUGAUCCUCAGUUAUUCUUUGGGUUUUGUUUUGUUUUGUUUGUUUGUUUGUUUGUUUGUUUUUUUAAGUCUCUUGCCAUUAGCUGUGUGGAAAUGUAUGGAACUCAGGAUGCUUGGUGUAAGAGGUAGUGUGUACUAAUGAGGCUUUUCCAUCCCCUUGCUCACUAGAAGGACUUAACAUGCAUGCAUGUUGACAGAUGCUAGACCAUGGCAAAUGAGUGUGGAGUCUGCAUCCUGUCUGCCACGUCACUGACUCACUGGCUAGGGGUGUGGCCAGAAAAGUGCUGUGAGAAUAUGGUGACUUCUGGCUUGGCAGCCUCAGCCCAGCAGGCAGUGAUUGCCCAGUGAGGAUUCUGAGAUUAGCCUAAUAACCACAUUGUAACUGCUUGUGAAGAAACAGAUCCAAGUAAAAUGCUUUACGUAAGCAUUGAGUAAGAGUUGGUGGUUGGUCUGGUGUAUUUCUCAGCCAUUUGUCCUGUGCAUCUUUUCUUCAAAGAACUGUGGACCAGCAAAGAAAAGUCAUAGUUGUUCUGGUAGGCAAACCCUUAGUGUUUGGCUACCAAGGCUCAGGACUAUUGUUUAGCAUGUAUAGCAGUGGGACAUCAAAAUGAGCCAAUGUGAAAGGUGUUUGGGACUAGAGCACAGCAGAGUUACUUAAGGAGUAGCAGCAGGCAAGUUCAGGACCAGACAUUGUGGUCCCAGCUCUAUACUGAGGGACUUGAACCCUUGCUUGUACUGCUUUUGCCCCUGUCAGGAUCAGUUUCAGAAACCCUUCAAUAUUAGGAGGGUUUCUGCUCCCAGCUGCCAGUGUCUCGGGUCCAUCCCAGCAGGAUGUUGGUCAGGCCUUAGUGUCUCAACUUUCUGUUUUAUGUAUUUUUCCAUCUUCAGCAUGGCUUUGUGAAGCCAGAGUAAGUGACAGUUGUAGACUUGUGCUGACUGUUGUCUGGAUCGCUCAUGCUCUGCUGAACGAUCUGCAAGCAGGCCUGUAUUUCGUGUGGUUCUGUGCGAGCAGUGUACAGUGACGACCACUGUUCCCUCAGGUAGAACUUGGGGAAACGAUCUGCAGAGGUCAGAGAAGCUAAGUCACUGUCUGACUUGAGUCUGGCCUCACUGCCAUGCUGCAGGUGACAAGGGGAACAAGGACUAGAAGAAUCUAGGAACAAGGACUGUGGGGUGGGGUUGCUUAUCUCUCAGCACAUGAUUAGUUAUGGCUUCCCUAAAUACUAAAGAAAAAGACAUCAGUAAGUCAGGAGUGCAUUAGCACUGUUACUCCGUGGGGGUGUGCUGCAGGAGGACUGCUGAGAGGUACGCUCUGAUGAGCCCUCUACCUGCUGUGCUAGAAUUGAAACCCAGGUUAAGUAAGGUUGUCGAAGUCCUUUUUGCAACUGAUGAGCUAGUAUGUGUCAGCUGGGACUUUGUGACCAGAAAUACUGUAGCUAAAUUACUGGAAGACUUGGUCGGAUGCUUGGUUGGGAAGGGCGGGAUUUGUUUCUGUUGUUGUUUUGUUGUUUGCUGUGCCUUAUUCAUGGUAGGAAUGAGGGGUAGGAAGCUGUUCUCUGGAGAGUUUCAUUGGCACCUACCAGGAAUUUACUGCUAUUUCAAAAUAGCACCACGAAAGUUAUCAGUUAAAUUAAAAAUUCAAUGGCCAGACUAUAUUGUUUAUUAGAUAUUAGAUAACAUUAGGAAAAAUAUGAGGGCUUGAAUUUAAUCUCCAGAACCUGGGUACAAAUGCGAGGUUGUAGGUUGAGGUGACAAGUGUGUAAUCCCAAGGUUGGAAAAGUAGAGAUAGGUGGACAUCUGGAACUCACUGGCUGGCCAGCCUAGCCUACUUGGCAAAACCUCAGGCCAGCGAGAGGCCCGGGUGCAGUAUAUUAUAAAGAUGAAUAUGCCUGAAAGGACACCCAAGGUUGACCUUUGACAUACUCUGGUAUACACCUGCACACACAAACACUGACAGAACAGUCAGUGACUUCAUUGUAGCUGAAGACAUCUCCUGAGGUGGAGAGGAAGGGUAAUGGUUGGAGCUACAGGGAUAGAGUCAGGCACAGGAGAGCUGACACAAUGAGCGGUAACAAGAGAAGAGUAGGAGUCGGUAGGAGGGGCAUUUGCUGCCAGUUCCCGUACUGAGGAUAUAUGAACUUCAGGUGAGCAGAACAGACCACUACAGCAUUGGGAGAGCCAUAGGCACUCAAAGGAGCUGGGUUUGUUGUCCUUUCAAUCAAAGAAUCUGCUCUGGGAAAGCACACUCUGUCCUCACUGCCUUUCCUCCAGUGGAUGCAAUGGCAGGAAGUAGUCAGUCAGAACAGGCUGCCAGUGCAGCUGUGUCCACGUUCCUGCAGGCCGCACCAGCUGUGCCAGGUGAAGGUCAGUAGGUGAACAUCCAGUCGGUGUUUUCCAGCCGAGUGAUAAAACACUACCUCAGAUGUCUGGCAUGAAAUAUGUGGGUGCAAAGAAAGAUAUUGCAGAAAAACGGAGCACCACCACAUUCCCCUUGUAUCUGCCCAAAGCAGAGACUAAACAGCAGAGCUUUAAAGGGGGAUUAUUGGAUCCAGUUGGACGGCCCUCAUUCAACUGUGCCAUAGUCAAUGUCACCUUGGAGCUGGCAGUGUUCUAUUUAGCAGUUUAGCAGACACAAUUUGGAAUUCACAUGAAGUCUCUCUUCAUUUGAGUAGUAGAAACAAAAGUCAGAAUGCCAAAAGAGGUCUGGUUUCUGCAGGAAUUAAUGAUUUCUCCUGCUUCCCUCCAACAGACAGUAAUGUAACUGUGACACUGUCUGUGGAGCUGGGUCACCCUCUGGACUGCCAGGCUUUUUAGCAUCUGAUGGGGGCUGUGAGGUGAGGGGCACAGGCCCAUGUCCACGUCAGGUAGUCCAGAUGCUUUGGACACACUAAGCCUGGGUGUGUUCAGAGCCACACUGUUCUGAGCCCAUUGUCCUUUGGGGGGCUUCUUUGGUGUCCAACUUUUACCCAGAAGUCUGAUAACAUUAUCUCAGUCUGGUGAGCACUCAGGUUUGCCAGCCCUGGAGGCUGGGGAGUGAAAUUGGACAGUUGUGGGUGCCAGUUGUUGCAUGUUUAGAAAAAGUUAAAUUUGCAGUGAAGAGACUUGGACUGUGAGGAAAUCACAUUCCCACUCCCCCAUUCCCAUUUAGACAAGUAAAUCUGAUGAAGUUUAAGUUGUUCGGCUGUGUAAGAAGUUGCUGUGCUCAGGGACCAAGUUCUUCAGUGGGAGGGGAGCAGAGCCAGUAGUCAGUAGCGCACUGUUGGCAGCAGCUGUUCUGCAGGAUAAGCAGGUCUCCUGUGCUGCUCUUAGUUUCCCCACAAGGAAAAGCCAAGACAGGGUGGUAGUGUCUCACCCUUGAGCCUUUGAAUGACUUGCCAAAGGGUACAUUUACUCAGACUGCCCUUCUGGUACAGUUCACUGGUUCCUUUGUUAUCUUAAAAACUGCGAAGUGCUGUAAUCUCAGGAGGCAGAGGCAGGCCAGUCCUUUUGGUUCAGAGAUGCUGUCGCGCUCAAAAAACAAAGCACAUCAGUAUGUCAGUGCAUGCGAACAGUGCUGGCUCUUGUGAGGGCUGAGGCAGAAGGAUGGGGCAUUAUAGCCUGGGCUAUCUGAGACCCUGGUUUUUUAAACAAACAAAACAAAAAUACCGCCUCUAACAUAGUUGGCAGGAUUGGAAGGCUCUAUAUUGAUUCAGACUCUAUAUUGAGCCAAACUUUAAAAAAAUGAAGUAUGCUUUAUGAUGUGAAGACACACUAGCCUGCACUGUACCAACCAUAUUUUACCUCUUGGAGUUAUUAUGUAAAUAGCAAAUGCCAUCAACAGGGGUAUAUCAUACUGUGUCUUGUGAGGGUGGCAUGGUUUUCUGAGACUUUGUUCUCAUAUUCUUAAUAUUUUUUUUAAUUUUCUCAUAUCUGUAUAUCAUGGCUUAUUUAAAACUAGCUGGUGGUGGCCUAAAGUGUUUAGGGGAGUUUUACUGUGGAUUGUUACACAGGCACAUGUCACUGCCUACAGGCCUGUAACAUUAAAAAAACCUUCUAAGUCACCAAGCCACAAAUAUAGUUUCUAAGAAGGCAGUCUGAAGAGUUUGUCAGAAAACGCAGUAGGAAAGUGUCGGAUGGUUUGGGGGCCUGGAGACACCAGCUGGGACAGAGGGAAAGAACGCAUUGAUGGAGCCAAAGUAGCUCCACAGCAGAGUCCAGUGCAGGGACAGUCGUGUGCGCUACUUUCUUAGAGUGUCACUUCCCGAGGCCAGUUCACCCUGCAGAGGGUUUCUUGGAUGGAAAGGCAGAAAAGUCCUGCAGUAGCAGUAAGAGAUCAUUAACACAUCGAUCGGCCCUCCUGGCCCUCGGCUCUGUACCCUGCGGCCUGCGGCACCUUGAGUCCUUCUCGACCCUGCUCAGGGACUUACUCCACGUCUCCACAGGACAGGGCGCAGCAAGGUAGGACUCAAAGUGACAGCCUUUGUGUUCCCAAGUCACGCCCUACCUCUUCAGAGCAGCAGCAGCAGCACAGUCAGUAGAGGUUGGCAGGCCACUUUGUCACUGGUCAGAGGCGCCCAGGGCCUGCUCGUUAGGCGGCGGUUUAGAUGGAGCAGCCGAGCUGUUACGUCGUUCUUGUUAGUGCUCUGUGUUGAUGCCUUUAGAUGCCUCCAGCUCAGUCCAUGUUGUGGUACUGCAAGGCUGGUACGGUCCUCGAAGCACCAUGGCAUGAAAUGGAGGUUCCUAGAAGCAAGAAGAAAGAGAAGCAGGGUCCUGAACGGAAGAGGAUCAAGAAGGAACCUGUUCCCCGAAAGUCCGGGCUAUUGUUCGGCAUGGGGCUGUCUGGGAUCCGAGCUGGAUACCCGCUCUCUGAGCGUCAGCAGGUGGCUCUGCUCAUGCAGAUGACCGCCGAGGAGUCUGCAAAUAGUCCAGUAGACACCACACCAAAGCACCCUUCCCAGUCUACAGUGUGUCAGAAGGGGACCCCCAACUCCGCCUCAAAAACCAAAGAUAAGGUGAAUAAGAGAAAUGAGCGAGGAGAGACGCGCCUGCACCGAGCAGCUAUUCGAGGUGAUGCCCGGCGCAUCAAGGAGCUCAUCAGUGAGGGCGCAGACGUUAAUGUCAAGGACUUUGCAGUUUCUGUUUGCAGGCUGGACUGCACUGCACGAGGCAUGUAACCGGGGCUACUAUGACAUCGCCAAGCAGCUGUUAGCCGCUGGUGCGGAGGUGAACACUAAGGGCCUGGACGAUGACACGCCUUUGCACGACGCCGCCAACAACGGGCACUACAAGGUGGUGAAGUUGUUGUUACGAUAUGGCGGAAAUCCUCAGCAAAGCAACAGAAAAGGCGAGACACCGUUGAAAGUAGCCAAUUCCCCAACGAUGGUGAAUCUCCUGUUAGGCAAAGGCACAUACACUUCCAGUGAGGAAAGCUCUACUGAGAGCUCUGAAGAAGAGGAUGCCCCAUCCUUUGCACCUUCCAGCUCCGUCGAUGGCAAUAACACAGACUCUGAGUUUGAGAAAGGCCUCAAGCUUAAGGCUAAGAACCCAGAGCCCCAGAAAACUGUGACCCCUGUCAAGGACGAGUACGAGUUUGACGAGGAUGACGAGCAAGACAGGGUCCCCCCGGUGGAUGACAAGCACUUGCUGAAGAAAGACUAUAGGAGGGAAGCCAAGUCCAACAGCUUCAUCUCCAUACCCAAAAUGGAAGUGAGGAGUUACUCCAAAAACAACACGCUCGCACCAAAGAAGGCGGCCCAUCGCAUCUUGUCAGACACAUCAGACGAGGAGGAUGUGAGUGCCUCCAUAGGGGCUGGAGAGAAACUGAGGCUGUCAGCACACACAAUGCUACCUAGUAGUAAGGCACGAGAGUCUUCUAGUUCUAGGCAGCAAAAAGAAAAAAAUAAAUUGAAAAAGAAGCGAAAGAAAGAAACAAAAGGGAAGGAAGUUCGGUUUGGAAAGAGGAGUGACAAGUUCUGUUCCUCUGGGUCAGAAAGCGAGUCCUCAGAGAGUGAGGAGGAUGACGGGGACUCUGUUGGGAGCUCAGGCUGCCUCAAGGGGUCCCCACUGGUGCUGAAGGACCCUUCCCUGUUCAGCUCACUGUCUGCCUCCUCCACCUCGUCUCAUGGUAGUGCUGUGGCCCAGAAACACAGCUCUGGCCACACUGACCAGCACACUAAGCACUGGCGCACUGACAAUUGGAAAGCCAUUUCUUCUCCAGCCUGGUCUGAGGUGAGUUCUUUGUCAGACUCCUCAAGGACGGGACUGACCAGUGAGUCUGACUGCUCCUCCGAGGGCUCCAGUGUGGAAUCUCUGAAGCCUACAAGGAGGAAGCAGGAGCACCGUAAAAGGGGCAGCCUGCAGAGCAUGCCGGAGAGGAGAGGCACCUUCCACCCCUGUGCAGACGGGGCUGUCCCCAAGCUGGACAAGGAAGGGAAGGUGGUCAAAAAACACAAGACGAAACACAAACACAAACACAAGGAGAAAGGACCAUGUUCUGUCAGCCAAGAACUUAAACUGAAAAGCUUUACAUAUGAAUAUGAGGACUCCAAGCAAAAGCCCGAUAAGGCCAUCCUCCUCGAGAACGACGUCUCCACUGAAAAUAAGUUGAAAGUGCUGAAACACGACAGAGACAAACUCAGUAAGACGAAGUCGGAGGAUAAAGAGUGGCUCUUUAAGGAUGAGAAAGCCCUCAAGAGAAUGAAGGACGUCAGCAAAGACACCAGCAGAGCUUUCCGAGAGGAAAGAGACCGUCCCAGUAAAACAGAGAGGGAGAGAUCCACAAAGGAGAAGUCUCCUAAGGAAGAGAAAUUAAGACUGUACAAAGAAGAAAGGAAGAAAAAGUCCAAAGAUCGACCGUUCAAGCUAGAAAAGAAGAACGACAUGAAGGAGGUCUCCAAGGAGAAGGAGAAGGCCUUCAGAGAGGACAAAGAGAAGCUCAAGAAGGAAAAGCUGUGCAGGGACGACGCUGCUUUUGACGACUACUGUAACAAAAGCCAGUUUCUGGACCACGAGGACACCAAGUUCAGCCUCUCUGAUGACCAGCAAGAGAGGUGGUUUUCUGACCUGUCAGACUCCUCUUUUGAUUUCAAAGGAGAGGAUAGCUGGGACUCAGUGACAGACUACAGAGACAUCAAGAGUGACUCAGUGGCCAAACUUAUCCUGGAAACCGUCAAAGAAGACAGUAAGGAAAAGAAGCGUGACAACAAGACCCGGGAGAAGCGAGAUUUCAGAGACUCUUUCUUCCGGAAGAGAGACAGGGACUGUGUAGACAGGAAUUCUGAGAAGAGGAGAGACCACACAGAAAAGCAGAGAAGCUUCCCCAGCUACCUCUCUGAGAAGGACAAGAAAAGGCGGGAGUCUGCAGAAGGGGGCCGGGACAGGAGGGACACCCUAGAGGGCUCCCGGGAGCGGAGGGAUGGGCGGAUUCGGUCUGAAGAGGUGCAUAGGGAGGACCUAAAGGAGUGUGGCUGUGAUAGCACCUUCAAGGACAAGUCAGACUGUGACUUCACCAAGACCCUGGAGCCCUGGGAACGGCCCCAUGCAGCACGGGAAAAAGAGAAAAAGGAUGCCCUAGAAAAGGACAGGAAGGAAAAGGGCAGGGCAGAGAAAUACAAAGAUAAGUCCGGUGAGAGGGAGAGAAACGAGAAGUCUAUCCUCGAGAAGUGUCAGAAAGACAAAGAAUUUGAAAAAUGCUUUAAAGAGAAGAAAGACGGCAAGGAAAAGCAUAAAGACACACACAGCAAAGACAGGAAAACCCCCUUUGACCAACUGAGAGAAAAGAAAGAGAAGGCGUUCUCCAGCCUCAUCUCAGAAGACUUCUCAGAGAGAAAGGACGACAGGAAGGGAAAGGAGAAGAGCUGGUACAUCGCAGACAUAUUCACCGAUGAGAGCGAGGAUGAGAAAGAGGAGUGCGUGGCCAGCAGCUUCAAGACUGGAGAGACCGGUGACAGCCAGCGAGCGGAGAGCCUGCAGGAGAAGGAAGAUGGAAGAGAACACCCCUCAGAUAGGCACAGGAAGGCCUCCUCCGACAGGCAGCACACAGAAAAACCAAGGGACAAAGAGCCCAAGGAAAAGAGGAAGGACAGAGGAGCUGCGGAAGGGGGAAAGGACAAGAAGGAAAAGAUCUUCGAGAAGCACAAAGAAAAGAAAGAUAAAGAGUGUGCAGAGAAAUACAAGGAAAGGAAAGACAGAGCCUCUGUUGACUCUGCCCCAGAAAAGAAGAAUAAACAGAAACUCCCUGAGAAGGUAGAAAAGAAGCACUUUGUUGAAGACAAGGCAAAGAGUAAACACAAGGAGAAGCCAGAGAAGGACCAUUCCCGGGAGAGAAAGUCUUCCCGAGGCCCUGAUGUGGAGAAGAGCCUGCUGGAGAAGCUGGAGGAAGAGGCCUUGCAUGACUACCGGGAGGACUCCAAUGACAAGAUCAGUGAGGUCUCCUCUGACAGUUUUGCUGACCAUGGCCAGGAACCCAGCCUGAGCACGCUCCUGGAAGUGUCCUUCUCUGAGCCCCCAGCAGAGGACAAGGCCAGGGAGAGCACUUGCCUCUCAGAGAAACUGAAGGAGAGGGAGAGGGAGAGGCACAGGCAUUCCUCGUCUUCCUCUAAGAAAAGCCACGAGCGUGAGAGAGCUAAGAAGGAGAAGGCUGACAAGAAAGAGAAGGGCGAAGACUACAAGGACGGCGGCGGCGGCAGGAAGGACGCCAGCCAGUACGAGAAGGACUUCGCGGAUGCAGAGGCUUUUGGGGGUUCCUACACAACAAAAGCAGACACGGAAGAGGACCUAGAUAAGGCUAUAGAACUGUUCUCCUCAGAGAAGAAAGACAGAAACGAUUCUGAGAGAGAACCUGCCAAGAAACUAGAGAAGGAGUUAAAGCCGUAUGGGUCAAGUACCAUCAGCAUCCUGAAAGAAAAGAAGAAGAGAGAGAAACAUAGGGAGAAAUGGAGGGAAGAAAAGGAGAAACACAGGGACAAGCAUAUAGACGGGUUCCUGAGACAUCACAAGGAUGAGCCAAAGCCUGCAGCCAAAGACAAGGACAACCCUCCCAACUGCUUUAAGGAGAAGUCCAGAGAGGAAAGCCUGAAGCUCAGUGAGGCCAAGCUGAAGGAGAAGUUCAAGGAGAACGCAGAACGAGAAAAGGGCGACUCCGUGAAGAUGAGCAACGGCAACGACAAGCCUCUGCCAUCCCGAGACGCAAACAAGAAGGACAGCAGGCCCCGCGAGAAGCUCCUGGGAGAUGGCGACCUCAUGAUGACCAGCUUUGAGAGGAUGCUGUCCCAGAAAGACCUUGAGAUCGAGGAGCGGCACAAGCGGCACAAGGAGCGCAUGAAGCAGAUGGAGAAGAUGCGGCACAGGUCUGGAGACCCCAAGCUCAAAGAGAAGAAGCCCACGGAUGAUGGGCGCAAGAAGAGCCUAGACUUCCCUUCCAAGAAAGCUCUGGGGCUGGACAAGAAGGUCAAGGAGCCGGCUCCCGUGCUGCCCACUGGUGAAGGCAAGCCACAUUCUGGACCAGGCACAGAGUCCAAAGACUGGUUGGCUGGACAACCCUUGAAGGAGGUUCUGCCUGCUUCACCCCGCACUGAGCAGGGCCGACCCACUGGGGUGCCCACGCCCACCUCAGUAGUGUCAUGCCCCAGCUAUGAAGAGGUGAUGCACACACCCAGAACCCCAUCAUGCAGUGCUGAUGAUUACCCUGACCUGGUCUUCGACUGCACUGACUCCCAGCACUCGAUGCCCGUCUCCACCACUUCCACCAGCGCCUGCUCUCCACCCUUUUUUGACAGGUUCUCUGUGGCUUCCAGUGUGGUUGCAGAAAAUGCAGGCCAGACUCCCACAAGGCCUAUCUCCACAAACCUUUAUCGCUCGAUAUCUGUGGAUAUCAGAAGGACACCCGAAGAGGAAUUCAGUGUUGGGGACAAGCUGUUCAGGCAGCAGAGUGUCCCUGCAGCCUCAAGUUUUGAUUCCCCAGUACAGCACUUGCUGGAAGAAAAGGCUCCUCUGCCCCCCGUUCCUGCAGAAAAGUUUGCCUGCCUGUCCCCCGAGUACUACUCCCCAGACUACGGCAUCCCCUCGCCCAAGGUAGACACCCUGCACUGUCCACCGACCGCUGUGGUCAGUGCCACACCGCCCCCAGACAGCGUCUUCUCCAACCUACCACCAAAGUCUUCCCCUUCCCCUAGAGGUGAACUGUUGACCCCAGCCAUUGAAGGGGCCCUGCCCCCAGAUCUGGGCCUACCUCUGGAUGCCACAGAGGACCAGCAAGCCACAGCUGCCAUCCUUCCCCCAGAGCCCAGCUAUCUGGAGCCCCUGGAUGAGGGCCCCUUCAACACGGUCAUCACCGAGGAGCCCGUCGAGUGGACGCACAGUGCUGCUGAGCAGUCCCUUCCCUCCUCCCUUAUUGCUAGUGCCUCUGAAACCCCUGUCAGCUGGCCUGUGGGCUCUGAGCUUAUGCUAAAGUCUCCACAGAGGUUUGCAGAAUCCCCAAAACAUUUCUGCCCUGGAGAACCCCUCCAUUCCACCACCCCAGGACCCUUCAGUGCUGCAGAGCCCACAUACCCCGUCUCUCCGGGAUCUUACCCCUUGCCAGCCCCUGAGCCAGCCCUGGAAGAAGUCAAAGACGGUGGGACAGGAGCAAUCCCAGUGGCCAUCGCUGCUGCAGAAGGGGCUGCUCCUUACACUGCCCCCACUAGGCUGGAGUCAUUUUUCAGCAACUGCAAGCCACACCCAGAUGCACCCCUGGACACAGCCCCUGAACCUGCAAGUGUUACUACUGUGGCUCAGGUAGAGGCUCUGGGACCCCUGGAGAGCAGCUUCCUAGACAGCAGUCAUAGCAUAUCUGCCCUCAGCCAGGUGGAACCAGUAUCAUGGCAUGAGGCCUUUACCAGCCCUGAGGACGACCUCGACCUGGGGCCCUUCUCACUGCCAGAGCUUCCUCUCCAGGCCAAAGAUGCUUCAGAUGUUGAGGCAGAAACUGCAGAGGCCAGUCCUGCCCCUCCAGUAGAGAGCCCUCCAGGCCCCACGGGGGUUCUCAGUGGAGGGGAUGUCCCUGCCUCCACAACUGAGGAACCACCAGCCCCACCUCCUCAGGAAGCAUCCCCUCAGCUCUCCACAGAGCCCGAGCCCUCAGAGGAGACAAAGCUGGAUGUGGUUCUAGAAGCUGCAGCGGAAACAGAAGUCCUGGCAGAUGACAGUGCCCCCGAAGCCUCAAUCUCCAAUUUGGUGCCAGCACCCAGUCCCCCUGAACAGCAGCGCCCCGCAGGAGGUGGUGAUGAAGAGACUGAAGCUGAAGAUCCUUCUGCUGCUCCCUGCUGUGCCCCUGAUGGACCCACCACAGAUGGCUUGGCACAGGCACCCAACAGUGCAGAGGCCGCCUGUGUUGUGGCUGCUGUUGAAGGGCCCCCAGGCAACAUUCAGCCAGAAGCUACAGACCCAGAGCCCAAACCUACAUCCGAAGCCCCCAAGGCCCCCAAGGUGGAAGAAGUUCCUCAGCGGAUGACCAGGAACCGUGCCCAGAUGCUGGCCAGCCAGAGCAAGCAGGGCAUACCCGCAACAGAGAAGGACUCAAUGCCUGCCCCAGCCUCUAGAGCCAAGGGCCGUGCCCCUGAGGAGGAGGACGCCCAGGCCCAGCACCCCCGCAAGCGGCGCUUCCAACGGUCUGGUCAGCAGCUGCAGCAGCAGCUGAACACAUCCACACAGCAGACCCGCGAGGUUAUUCAGCAGACGCUGGCAGCCAUCGUGGAUGCAAUUAAACUGGACGCCAUUGAGCCCUACCACAGCGACAGGUCCAACCCAUACUUUGAGUACCUUCAGAUCAGAAAGAAGAUCGAAGAGAAACGGAAGAUCCUCUGCUGCAUCACUCCGCAGGCCCCCCAGUGCUAUGCUGAGUAUGUCACCUACACGGGGUCCUACCUCCUGGACGGCAAGCCCCUCAGCAAGCUGCACAUCCCUGUGAUUGCACCCCCUCCCUCUCUAGCAGAGCCUCUGAAGGAGCUGUUCAAGCAACAAGAGGCUGUGCGGGGUAAGCUGCGUCUGCAGCACAGCAUCGAGAGGGAGAAGCUGAUUGUGUCCUGUGAGCAAGAGAUUCUUCGGGUUCAUUGCCGGGCAGCCAGGACCAUUGCCAAUCAGGCAGUGCCAUUCAGUGCAUGCACAAUGCUGCUGGACUCCGAGGUCUACAACAUGCCUCUGGAGAGCCAGGGGGAUGAAAACAAGUCUGUACGAGACCGCUUCAAUGCUCGCCAGUUCAUCUCCUGGCUGCAGGACGUAGACGACAAGUAUGACCGCAUGAAGACAUGUUUGCUGAUGCGGCAGCAACAUGAAGCUGCAGCCCUCAAUGCCGUGCAGAGGAUGGAGUGGCAGUUGAAGGCCCAGGAGCUGGACCCUGCUGGGCACAAGUCCCUGUGUGUAAAUGAGGUGCCAUCCUUCUACGUGCCCAUGGUUGACGUCAACGAUGACUUUGUACUGUUGCCAGCAUGACACCCAGAUGAAGGUCACAGGACACAAACGAGGGCCACAUAGGUCGCCCAGUGCUGCCGAUGAGUCCCGGCAGCGGAGGAGGGAGCACCGCGUCCAUCAAGUGGGAGGAGCCCAGAGACUGCACCUGGCCUGGCCAUGUCUCUCCCUCCAGAUGCCGGUGAGGUCGAAUGCACCUCUUUAUCCAGUCGCCGGGGGGAGCACGGGGCCUGGACACUGCAGAGCUUGGGACAAGGAGACCAUGGCCACAGACAGGGUGGCUCUGUCUCAGUCACGCCCUCUGGGUUCUCUUCAGCUGAUGACAGGGCACUUGAGGAGUCGCAGAGCAGAGUGUGGUUUUUUCUUUCUUUUCUUUUUUUAAUUCCUCGUUCCAUUCUGAUCAACUAAUGGAAGAUAGACUAAGGCGUCCACCUCGCACAAGCAGUGACCUCCAGGUCAGAGAGGCAGGAAAGUGCUGUCCCGCCCUGGUCCCCGGGACAGGCUUGGACACUGGUGCCGGCAAGGGUCCGGCUGCUGCCUGCCUGGACACAGGGACGCAGCCAGGACUCUCCGAUAGUGUUUUUAAUGGAGUCAAAUCCACGUGGUUUGUAUAUUUUUCCUUUAAUCUUGGGCAUUUUGUUUCUCUUUCUGAGAACGUAACUUGAAACACUACAGAGCCAAUAAUCCUAUAGAGUGUAUCCGCAAACCUGUACAGUUUUAUAUACAUUCACAAUGUACUUUUGCUGCCUUCUAGAUAAUUUAUUUUGCAACACAUUACUGCACAGUUGUAAAUAACUUAUGUACUGUAACAUCACUUUCAGUUAUGUGUAAAGAAAUAAAUAAAUUAAUUAAAAUGUU